CUGUUAACUUGCUCACCUUCCGCCCAACACACACAAACACACUUGGGAUUACCAAUCUCACGGUUACUGAGAAUUCUGCCUUUGUUUUUCCAGGAUGGCUGAAGCUGAACUUCACAAGGAAAGGCUCCAAGCCCUGGCGGAAAAACGGAAAAGACAAGCCGAGAUAGAGGACAAAAGGCGACAACUCGAUGAACUUGUUCUACAACUUCAACAUUUUAAGUCCAAAGCCAUGAGGGAGAGGUGGCUUCUCCAGGGGACACCAGCGGUGCCACAAGAGGAAGAAGAAGGCCGGAGAAAACAGGUUGAGCAAGACGAACAUCACGCUAAGACACUAGAAGAUGCUAUUCAUAGAUUGGAAUCAGAAAUCAGUCUUUUGGAGAAUGAAGAAUCACAGAUAUCAGCUAAAGAACAAGUUCUCAGAGAGCGACUGCGGGAAACAGAGAGAUCUAUUGAAGAUCUCCAGAAGAGUCUUCAGAAUCAAGAUGGAGAUGCGGUGAAUUACAACUGCUCCCAGAUCCCGGACCUCCCAGAACUGAACUCCCAAACUCCCGUCUCAGCUUCAGGGGAUCAGCAACCGCCAAGAAAAUCUGCAUUAUACGCCAUGGAGAUCAGCGUCGAGAAGGACCGGAAAACGGGUGAAAGCAAGAUCCUCUCGGCCUCUGCGGUCAGCCCACGUGACGCUCACCAGAGGGGCGUCAAAGUCUACGACGACGGCCGCAAAGUGAUCUACGAGGUGCGUUCUGGGGGAUCUACAACACUGGAGAAUGGCACGCACCCCUGGAGCCCCGGCGAGGUGGACGAGCUCAUGCAACAAGUGGGCCAGUCCCAGCAACGAAGCGACGGAGCCCGGGUCACCGUCACACCCGCUGAGCCCCAGACAACUACAGGACAGGUCAGCUCCAAGCAAGACCACAAACAAUCCCCGAGGAAAGGCUACCAAGGUGAGGUCACGGAGACUCCACAGGCCUCUGCCGACAAACCGGUGACCAUGAUCUUCAUGGGCUACCACAGCGUCGAGGACGAGGAGGAAUCCAAGAAGCUGCUUGGCUUCGACGGCACCAUCAAGGCUGAGAUCGUCCUAAUCGAUGAGGACGAUGAGAAAUCUCUUCGGGAGAAGACCGUCACUGAUAUCUCCACCAUCGAUGGAAACGCCGCUGACCUUGUGUCGGGCCGGCCUCUGUCCGAUACCACCGAACUGUCCUCAGAAGGCAAAGAUGAAAGCUCGACCAAGGAACUGCCACCCACAGGUAUUGAAAAGAAAAAACGCUGCCAGUGCUGUGCUGUCAUGUGACCUUUCUCCCGCAACUUCUCUUUCCUGGAGCACAUUCACCAAGGCUCUGCCUUCCUUAAAAACAAAUCUCACCCUGUUACUAACAGCACCUCCACCUCUGUGACGUGAGAGAAGUUGGCUUCUCGCUCUUUCUGACCUGUUUUCCACAGAUCGUCCGAUUCUCUUGAUGUAAGGUUGUGCGAUUCAGAGGGAACAUCUUUAGGAGAAGAUUUGCUGGAUAAUAGAUACACUCUUAAAAAUGAAAGUUCUAUAUUGGAACCUUUAACAUUUUCAUUGUACAAAAGGUUCUCAGGAAUCUUAAAAAGUUCAUCGCAAAAAGAAAAACGGUUCUCUUAAGGAUCUUUGAGGAACCCAAAAUGGUUCUUCUAUGGCACUACUGCGAAACCCCUUUUGGAACCAUCAUUUUUAAGAGUGUCUGUGAAAAAGUUCGUACCCCAUUAAAAAAACAUUUUAUUAUAAUUAAUUUAAUUAUCAUUUGAGAUGAUAUAUAAAUGAAAAUGCCAAAAAAUAGUAUGUAAAUGUACAACAAAAUUAAUAGAAUCUUCAAUCUAGUUGUCCAAUAUAAGGUUAGAUCAUUUCUUAAAAUUGUGUAGCAUAGAUUACAAAAAUAUGGUCCAUACAUGUCUAUCCCUUUUGAUAUUUCAUACAAUAUGAAAACAAAAAGCAGAUCCAUGAAACAAGGAUGUUUCACCAUGUUGUGCAGUAGCCUUACAAAGCCUUCAAAUUACCAUAAACGUUGGUUGUCCAAUAUAUUUUAUUGUUUACAGAUCCAGAUUUAUUUUUCCCAACAAAAUGGAGAGAAUGUACAUAAAUACUCACUUCAUUAAGAUUUAUUGAAAUACAUUUGCCCUUCUGUGCCUCUGUAUCCUCAUAUAUAAACAGAUUUUUACCAUUUUUAAAUAGAAAAAAGUCAGCUGGAUCAUUCAAAGAGCUGCUCGGAAUUGGCUCAGCACUGCCAUGUGUGCAAACACACAUCUUAGAGAAUGAAAAGCACUGGCGUGACUCUUUACACAGAUUACAUGGACUAUGGAGGUGCUAAAUGUAUUUGGAUAUAUUUGCUAUUCAUCUGAAAAUGCAGUGCACAAUUUGUACAAAUAUUAUACCAACAAACCAAUCUUUAUUUGAAAUAAUUAAUUGACAGUCAAAUUCCAGUCACGCAUCAUUUUAGACAUUCUAGACUUGACACUGGUGUUAAAUAAAUAUUUUGUGAGAGAAACAUAUUAAGAAUAUGUGUAUAAAGGAAGAUUACUAUUGUAAAUGAAUAGCCCACUAGUGCUUAUUAUUCAUAAUCAAAUACGACGUCACAGAGAUUACAGCUGCAUAUGGAUAAUAUGCCUGAAAGAAUGUACAUAUAUUACACUCAAAAUGAGUGUUUAAUCCACAUUUAUUUCUAUUGUGGUUGAAAUCUGAAAGUGUUUUUAAUAUAUGCACAUUGUUUGCAUAUUCAAUACCAUUCGAUAAAAAACUUCUCAGUGUGGUCAUAAAGGACAUAUCUAAAAGACAUAUUUCUAAGUAAACACUUCUCCUUUCACUAAUACCAGCUGCCUUGCUGUUUCUCUAUUUAUUUUUCUAAGUCUUGCCACAUUACAGAAGAACUUGUUUUAGUGCCAUAAUACAUCAUUUUUGUACAAAUGAUGCUCAGAUGGGGAACUUAAAAGCCAGCUUACCUUAUAUUUACAAUAAACACAUUUUUAAAAUGAAAUUAAAAGUUAUACAUCAAUUGCAUUUCGCCCAAAUUGAACUGAAGAUGAACCUACAAAAAUUAAUAAAUUUAAUUAUGUAUAAUUAUGCAUGUACAAUUUUUUUUAAUUAGGCUUUUUGUCACAUUUUGUGGAUUUUUUUACAAGACCUUACCUUUUUUGACUAUUGUUUUUACAAUAAAAAUGUAGUUAAAACAGUAAUAGCCAAAAUAAUGCAGAACUAGUUCAUGUAUAAUGUCCAAUGACAUUUAAUACGCUUUGACAUGCUGCAGAGAACUUAUUGGAAUUUUUUUUUUGUCAUAAGAGUGUGUUCUUGUAGCUACAAAUCAACUACAGGCAGUGUCAUGUAUGAAGGUCUUACCUGAAAUGAUUCUGAAAUUGGUGCCAAAACAAACUCAGCGUUCACCUUUUCAGGCUUAAAGACCCCAUGAAAUUGUUUGAGGAGUACAGUUUCCUUUGACGAGUUGACAUCCUCCUUCUGAAACAGGAAGUUGGGCAGGAAGUUAACUAACAGCCCCUGCUGGAAGAUGCUGUGACUGCACCAUCAGCUAAUUUACUAUUUUACUAGUUGGGGAUUUUGCUAAACUUUAUACAUUCUGAUUCAGCCUGCAGUUUGUAUAUUUGGUAACAUGCGCCAACCGAGUAACUACCAUUGAUGUAAAUGUUAACUGAUAACUCAAAUAUGCUUGAACAGAAGCUUGAUGUGCUGUUGCAGGCGGUCAUGAGAAUUUUACUAGGCAGAAACUUGUAUACGCUCAUGUUAGCAAGUCAUCAAUAUUUUCGCACAGCCAAUUAAAAUGCAUUUAUCUGAUAAAUGCUUUUUUUUAACCUUUGGGAGUACACUAGUAUACAUAAGUAUACAGCAAAAAUAAAGGUGCUACACUAUGCCAUAGAAGAACCUUCUUGUCUAAACGGUUCUGUAAAUAACCUUUAACAUCUGAAGAACCAUUCUGUUUCACAAAAGUUUGUUUUUGUAGAAAAAGAAGGUUCUUUGGAUUCUAAAAAUGUAACGAAGAGGAGGUUCUUUAAAGAACCUUUGACUCAGUGGUUCUUUAUGGAACCAAAAACGGUUCUUCUACGGCAUCGCUGUGUAGAUUGGCACGAUUGGCAUUUUUUAUAAUUCAUGGGGUCUUUAAGGUUGAGCAUUUCAUGUCUGAAUCUGUUUACACGAUGUAGGAAUACCAGCUCCAUGAAACAUUGAUGCUCCCAGAGUAAAGCUAGUGUCGAUGUUGUCUGUCAGGAUUUUUCAGCCUCAAACUGCCAAACAGCUCUAAUUCAGUUUUGGACAUUAAUACGGUGGUGUGGCUCCCACAUGAGCUCUGAUCUGCCACGAAAUUACUGCUGUGCUUCUUCAUUGAGAAUCUGCUGUAUUUUUGUAAUCCUGAAGUGUAAUUUUAAUUGUUCCACUU